AUGAAAGGCAACGUUGGAUGGAUCACUUUUACUAGCCUAUUGUCGCAACUUAGCCAGGCGGCGCCGGCACAGGCCCAGGCACAGACUACCGAUGGAAUAUCAAGCUGUGGCUCUGCUUGGAUGCCCCGAGACGAUGUCACCAUUGCUCAAGGCACGGAUUCUCGUACUGGCUUCCACACUGCCGUUCAGAAGUUCUGUGCUGCCUCCAACGGCAAAGUUGUCCCGGCAGGUGGCUAUCUUUCUAUAGUGACCGAGGUCUUCCUGAAUGGAGGCAAGGAUCCAAAGAACUACGGUGUCCUCGGAUUCGUUUACUUUGAAAUUCACAAUAAGCUCAAGACGGACCACAAAGUCUCAAGCCAGGACUGCGCAAACUAUCUCCUUGCUCUCAGUGCCGAUGGCGGCAAGUGUUCCGGAGAAAACAACCACGAUACUAAGGGCGGAACGUGGCAGGUUGGCAACAACGGCGUCUCGUACCAUGCACUUGGAAACGAAGCGCCACCCAAGCAGGAUGCUCUCAACAAGCUCUACAUCAACGGCGCGGUCGAUGCGCAGAGCCCCAACACAGGAUCUGGCCCUCCUCUCAACCCCUGGCCAUUCGACUCUCUGGAUCAGGUAAAGCCUGUCGCAUGCCACAGCCACAACGACUACACGCGCAACAUCCCUGUCUUCUCUGCCUUCAGCGCUGGAUGUGCUGCCAUUGAGGCAGAUGUCUUCUAUUCUGACGGCGAUGUUAUCAUCGGCCACGUACUUCCCAAGGCCGGGCGCACUCUGCGCGUUCAAUACGUCGAUCCGCUACGCGCCAUCUUGGACCACAACAAUGGAGGCAAGCCCGGCAACAAUGGCAUUUACAAGUCGGAGCCAUCCCGAGCAGUUACGCUCUUGGUUGACUUUAAAACCAAGGAUGCUAAAACCUUGGAUGCGGUGGUGAAGGCUCUCCAACCCCUGCGCGAUGGUAACUACUUGAGUCAUGUCGCAGACGGCAAGUUUGUAGAGCGUCAGGUCACCGUGGUCGCCAGCGGUGAGUCCGACUUUGAUCGCAUCAACAAGGGCGACGGCGUUCCCAACCGCGAUGUGUUUUAUGAUGCCAAGGUUGAUCACUGGGACGCAAAAUAUAACAGCCUUAACUCGCAGUAUGCGUCCGCCAACUUUAAGGAUGCAGUGGGUAACCCGGGAAGUGCGGGUGCCUUCUCCGAGGACCAAAAGAACAAAGUACGCGAGCACGUGAAGAAUGCACACGGCGCGGGCCUCAAGGUCCGAUACUACGAUCUUCCAGGUGAUUACAUGUGGGAGCCGUUGGCGGCGCUCGGUGUUGAUCGCCUCAACGCUGAUGACAUGUAUGAUACCGCCCGGUUGGUUCGUAUUUGA